AUGGAAAAAAGAUUCAGCGUUAAUCAAUACAUAAGUACUCCAGAGAAAAAGAUAUUGGCACGAGAACUAAAUCUUGACCCCGAAAGAAUUAAAGUCUGGUUCCAAAACAGGAGGAUGAAAUACAAAAAAUGGAAGACGAGCAUGAGCACGAGCACGAGCCCUGAUAAGUCAGAAGCUGGCCCCUCCUCCUCCUCCUGCUUCCUAGUUCCUGUUUCCAAUUCAACUGCAUCCCCCGUCGACAGUGUGGCGACGAUGGGGCCAUCCUGCAAUUUUUUCGAGAAUAUUCAAGUGGCAACAUCAUCUGAGAUUAGUUGGGUUAGAGGAUAUACUUGGGCCUACCAAAAUCAAGCGCCUCCAUACCAAUCUUUCACCCAGCUAAGACCAUUAAAUCAUCAAACAAUCGUGUACAACAAUAACUGCGGAGGAAACAAUACGCCUAUAUAUACCAACGCACCAGUUACUAGGCCAAGCUGCUGUUAUUCCAAUCAAACAGCAGCUCCUAUAUUUGAUUAUAGGCAAAUAAAUGGGCAACUGCAAAAUUUAAAUAGUCAGUUGCCCAUUUAUACUAGUCAAUCACUUCAGGUACAACAGCAGCAGCAGCAACAACAAUUAUUCCAAGAAAAUUAUAUAAUAAAUGAUGAAAACCGAUCACCUCACCUCAAUGAUUUAUCAUUUAAUCAGCAACAUUUCCAAGAAAAUCUUACUAAUGAUGAAAUGAAUGCAUCAUUUGAUUGGUUAGUCAGCACAGGGUAUUACAGAAACAACCCACCUCCACCCCUAAGACAUAUAUGA